AUGUUUUCUGAAGUACUGGGAAACUUCACCUCUGGCUAUGCAUUAGUAUACCCCUCCCCCGUUAUUCCCUACCUCAAGGUCGAUGACAACCCCAAUCUCAGGAUGGACACCUCACACAUCUCCUGGUUCGGGUCAGUCUUCUCACUUGGUGCUGCGGUUGGGGGUCUUGGGGCCAUGUUUCUGAAUGACAAGAUGGGCAGAAAGCUGAGCAUCAUGAUGUCUGCAGUGCCGGCCACCAUAGGGUACCUGCUGAUGGGGUCAGCACAGGCCGUGUGGAUGCUCUACCUGGGACGCGUCCUGACGGGCAUCGGCAGUGGAAUGACGGCCGCCUCCAUUCCUGUUUAUGUGUCAGAUAUUUCCAGCCCAGUUGUGAGGGGAAUAUUGGGAUCCUGUCCACAGAUUACAGCAGUUUUUGGUUCUAUGUUGUUUCCAUGUCUCUAAUUAGGUUUUCUGUUGCCAUGACGAUGGCUGGCCAUUGCUGGGGAGGUACCAGUCAUUGUCAUGCUUGUGCUGCUCUGUUUCAUACCUGACUCGCCUCGAUAUCUCAUUGCCAAAGGCAGAAAGGAGGAGGCACGCAAGGCCCUCUCAUGGCUUCGGGGCAGUUACUCCGACUUUAUGCCUGAGUUCAACAGAAUUGAGAGAAGUAUUGCGACUCAGGGUAGCAUCACCUGGUCAGACCUGGCCAAGCCUUGCUAUUAUAAGCCAAUCUUAAUCUCCACGACAAUGAGGUUCCUCCAACAAAUGACUGGCAUCACUCCAAUCCUGGUUUACCUAGAACCCAUCUUUCUAAGAACCAGGAUCAUCUUGGUGAGUAUCAAGAGUGAUGUGUGA